AUGAGCUUUAAACUAAUCGUUCUUGAGGGCUUGGAUCGCAGUGGUAAAACCACAGUUUCCUCGAUGCUUCAGCAACGACUACAGCCAUGCACUAUUAUCAGAUUUCCAAAUAGAGCCACCGAGACAGGUAAACUUUUGGACAAGUUUCUGAAGAAGCAAAUUAAAUUUUCAGACCACACUAUCCAUCUUCUUUACUCUGCCAACAGAUACGAGGAGGAAACAAGAAUCAGAGACUUGCUUAAAUCGACCCAUGUCAUCUGUGACAGGUACUGGCUGAGUGGAGCGGUGUAUUCAACAGCAAAAGGCCUGGACUUUGAGUGGUGCAAAAGUACAGACAAACUCUUACCUCAACCUGACUUUACAUUCUUUCUUGAUGUGCCAGUAGAAGAAACCUCCAAGAGAACGUGUUUUGGGAAUGAAGUUCAUGACAAAAUUGAAUUUCAAAGGAAGGUCUAUGAAAUUUAUAAAAGCAAGGUGGAAGAAGAAGGUGUUUAUGAGAUUAACGGACUGCAAGAACCCGAGAAGAUAGUUGAAGCAAUACUGGAAUGUUUAAAGCCAUAA